CCAUGUACUGUGCUAGUUCCAUUGUAUUCAUUCUUAUUUUCAUCCAGUCAAAAACUUAUGAAGAAGUAUUAGUUUGAUUUAUGGAUAGGAAAAUCGAGACUCAGAGAGUCAAGUAGCUUGGCAGUAAAUGGGAGUGGUUAGGAUUCAAUCUGCAGUUUAUUUUUGACCAUGCUAAUAAAAGUCAUGUGCCUUUCCAACAUAACUUGCAUAUGAUCACUCUCCUGCUUAGAUAAUUUUUUGUUAACUAUAGUAUCAUGAAAAGAAAUAAAUAUGUGUUCUUAAAAUUUGAAGAUAUUUUAUUUCUUUAUUUUCUUUAUAUACUGCCUCGAAAUAAUUGAUUAUAUUCACUGAACCUGUGAAGAGUCAGUUCUUAGUGAUAAAGCAUUGAGACAGGAGCCAGACCCACCUCUUCACUAAUUUGAUAUUGUGCAAGUCACCUUACCUCUCUGGAUCUCAGUUGCCUCAUCUGUAAAAAGAAGAUAGAAAUUCUUAACCUGUUUGAAGAUGAAGUGGAGGACCAUCCUUCCACAAUGUUGUUUUCUCUUGGUUACGUGCGCACUUACUACUCUUGAAGCUGUGCCUAUAGACAUAGACAAGACAAAAGUAAAAUCUGCUCAGCCUGUGGACAGUGCAAAGAUAGAACCACCAGAUACUGGACUUUAUUAUGAUGAAUACCUCAAGCAAGUGAUUGAUGUGCUGGAAACAGAUAGUCAUUUCAGAGAAAAGCUCCAGAAAGCAGACAUAGAGGAAAUAAAGAGUGGGAGGCUAAGCAAAGAACUGGAUUUAGUCAGUCACCAUGUGAGGACAAAACUUGAUGAACUGAAAAGACAAGAAGUGGCAAGGUUAAGAAUGCUGAUUAAAGCUAAAUUAGAUUCUUUUCAAGAUACAGGUAUAGACCACCAUGCUCUUCUAAAACAAUUUGAUCAUCUAAACCACCUGAAUCCUGACAAGUUUGAAUCUACAGAUUUAGAUAUGCUAAUCAAAGCGGCUACAAGUGAUUUGGAACACUAUGAUAAGGCUCGGCAUGAAGAAUUUAAAAAAUAUGAAAUGAUGAAGGAACAUGAAAGGAGAGAGUAUUUAAAAACACUGAGUGAAGAAAAGAGAAAAGAAGAAGAAUCUAAAUUUGCAGAAAUGAAGAAAAAGCAUGAAAAUCAUCCUAAAGUUAAUCAUCCAGGAAGCAAAGAUCAGCUUAAAGAAGUAUGGGAAGAGGCUGAUGGAUUGGAUCCUAAUGACUUCGACCCCAAGACAUUUUUCAAAUUACAUGAUGUCAAUAGUGAUGGCUUCCUAGAUGAACAAGAAUUAGAAGCCCUAUUUACUAAAGAGUUGGAGAAAGUAUAUGACCCCAAAAAUGAAGAGGAUGAUAUGGUAGAAAUGGAGGAAGAAAGGCUUAGAAUGAGGGAACAUGUAAUGCAUGAGGUUGAUACUAACAAAGACCGAUUGGUGACACUAGAGGAAUUUCUAAAGGCUACAGAAAAAAAGGAAUUCUUAGAGCCGGAUAACUGGGAGACAUUGGACCAGCAACAGUUCUUCACAGAGGAAGAACUGAAGGAAUAUGAAAAUCUUAUCUCCGUACAAGAAAGUAAACUUAAGAAAAAGGCAGAUGAACUUCAGAAACAAAAAGAAGACCUACAACGUCAGCAUGACCAACUUGAGGCUCAGAAGCUGGAAUACCAUCAGGUUGUACAGCAGAUGGAACAAAAAAAAUUACAACAAAUUUCCCCAUCAGCACCUGGUGGAGAAUCAAAGAUCUAGCCACACAUUUAAAGUCUGAAGUCCACCAGAACUUGGAAGAAAAUUGUUGAAUCAUCAUCUGUGUCAUCUUUUUACCUCCCUUCCUUCUCCUCUGCUCAAUAAAUAUUUUAAAGCAUAUGUGGAAUAAAGGAAGAUACUUUUUAAAAGGGAACAUAUUUCUUUUAACACAGAUAUUUAAGGAUUGAAGCCUAUCAGAACCAGCAAGGAAACAAACUCAAUACCUGCUGUCAUCUUCAUACCUCCCUUCUUUUCCCUUUGUUCUCCUUUAGUUAUUUAAUUAAGCAGCCUAUGCCAUAAUUUAAUGAAAUUAUUAGUAACUAUUUAAGUGAGAAAGCUCCAUCCAUUGCUUUUAAAAUAAAUUGCUUUCAUUUAUUCAUAAAGAUAGAUACUCUUAUGGGUGCUUAUCAUCCCCUCUCUCAAUAAAAGUCUCUUUGAUAUUAGUGAUUCUUCUCCUAAGAAUACCAUAGUAUUCCCCAGUGUUUGCUGGUAACAUUUUCCUGAAACUUUUAACUUUCAGCAAUAUUAACUGCUAGAAAUUCUUCUACCAAACAGCUUCUCCUACCCCUUAAGGUCAUUUUUCAUUUACAAUAUGUUUGCGUUAUAUUCUAUCAUUCAAGAUCAGGUUUUGCUACAUGUAACAGAAAAGCCAAAGAGAAUGCCGGUUUAACUAAAGAAGAGUUUUUGCCUUUUACAUAAAAGAAAUCCGUAAGUAGGUAGUGUCCAGGUUCCCAUCUUUCUGCUCUGCUCUCCUCAUUGCAUGGUUUUUAUUCUCAAGUUAUUUCAUUUUCAGUGUCCAAAGUGGCUUUUGGAAGCAGUGGGCGAAGGGCAACCAAAGGAAAUUUCCCCAGCUGAGUCAGCAUCCUGGGUGCAGUUUUCGCAGAGAACCACACAGCACUUAAAUUUACAUCUCGUUGGCCAGAGCUGUGUCACAUUGCCAUCUAGCUGCUAGGGAAGCUGAGAAAUCCAGUGUAAGUGAGACCAGCUAAAAGUUAGGAUUUUUUAACUAGGGAAAAAUUCCAUUUCAGAAGGGAAGGGAGAAUGUUUGAUGGGCAACCACAGCUCUGAAAACAUAAUAAGCCUUUUGGUGACCUAAAUAUCUGUGUACAUUCUUCUGAAACAGAGAACGCUCACUUCCCCCACCACAAAAGGAAACCACCAAAAUCGAAUCCAUUAAUGACUGUAACACAAAGCCUAUGAUAUCUGAGUGUAGUCCCCUUUGUGAGGAUAGAAUGUGGUUUCUUACGUUCCGUCCACUUGCAAACUAAAAAGCAGUGUGUCUGCCCCCUGAGCACCGUAUGCAUAACGAGGUAGGUACAGGAUAACUGCAGUAAAAUCAACCUUUUAAAAAAGAGGAAAACAAGAAACAGAAUAGUCAUACAUCCAUGGAAAUUAAAAAAAAAAAAUACUCUGUGGCAAAAAUAGCAAGGUGCUAAUAGCUCUCUGCUCUGUCCAUAAAUACACUCUUUGGUUUUUCUAUCAGGCAACCCCUGCUUCCCCUUUCUGGGAGGAGCUCCCUUCUCUUACGUCCUCAGGGGCCCUUGGCAUUGCCCUCUAGGAUGUUUUUAUUGCCCAGUAACCUUCAAGGACACAAGUGGCCUUUGGAAAGUGUCCCUUUCUUGAAGAGUGGACAGCUUUUACACUUUUCUUCCUGUUAUUAUGGGUUUAGGGCCUUGGGGAUUGUUUUAGAUAGUUACAGGCUGUUUCAGCUUGGGCUUAGGGUUUUUAUUUGUUUUUUGUUUUCUUCUGCUUUUUGGAACAACAGUUCCCUAAAAACUUAGUAGGUCUCUGGUCUGUUUUCUUCAAUUUUUACCAUGAGAAAGCACAAAGAUCUUAUCAAGAUUGCUUUUAACAAAGAGCCUCAUCUUUUACUUGCUGACCUCUAUGUUCUUUCUCUCCCUUUGGGUCUUAAAUGAGUGGGACCUACUUAGGAUUGUUUUGAACUGUAGGCUGGGAUGGGAUAACAAGAGUCUUACUCUGAUCUUCUUCUUUAGGAUAGUUUCCAUUAUUUGGCAGAAAAUUCUUAAGGGAAGGUUCUUGGAAAGGUUGUGAAAGCUUUAGCAGCUUCCUUAGAAUCUUUAUUUAUAAUUCUUUCAGUCUGGAGUAUGGUAGUACAAUAGUUGCCUUUUUCAGUUCUUCAGGGCUCCAGAUUUGGGACUUUAUCAAUUUAUUUGGUAGAUAGCAGUUCUCUCAGCAAAGCUACAUUCCCUUCCAUAUCUCUAGACCUGAUCAUUCUUAGCCUGUCACAUCUGUCUUGUUGGACUUUGCUGAAAGAGGGAAGGCAGAGCCUACAUGUGCUAGCGUUUUGAAAUUCUACUACCAUUUUCUCUGAUACCUUAUCCUGAGUUUGCAUGAGAUAUCACUGCCCCAAACCUGACCUCCUCAAUAAGCAAGUUCCAUUCUUAAUAUCGCUUUACUUGCUAUACCUUACUUCUAGUUACCAAAUUCUCUAUAGGUUAAGAUUCUUCAUUGUAGGUCAUUGAAUCCUCUUCAGCUAUCAAACAGAAUGAGAUUAAUGUGGGAGGGGUGUAUAGAUAGCUCACAGCAUCUUUGGGAGGGCUGAAAGAAGGGAACAGUCUGAGCUUCUAGGAGCUGCAUCACAAGACUAGGCUGCUGAAGAAGCUGCUGCUUUGGGAACAGUUGGGAAGCUGUCUACUAAAUCAGGAAGCCACCCACUGGAUUAAGAAGCCAUGAAGUUGCCAGCUCCAGAACCACACCACCACUGCCACACUUUAGAUCUGCACAAAUGGAUACUUCAUGUCCUGCUUCUCUCCCCAUGGAACUCAGCUCUGAGUAAAAGUUUCAACUGUACAAUAAAUAAAGAAGAAAUUGAAAAAGAAGCAGUUAGAUGAUGACUUUUAUAAUUUUCAUGCAAGAUUUGUGUCUCCUGAAAAAGCUGCUGGAGAAGAUCAUCUUUACCCUUAACCAAGUACGUCAACUUGAUACUUUAAUGCAUUUGUUUUGUUGGAAUUGAGAGACUAAGGUGUAUUCAGUAAAAUGCAGACUUCCUGUGGAUGAUAAAAUGGAAGACUAUAAUGACAGCUUGUUUUCAAGGUAUGAGAUUUGAAGGAAAUCAGAUCUUUUCUUUGCCUUUUGUUUUUUCUUUAACACAAUAUCAUUAGCAGGACUUCAGUCUUUUCAUACUGUUUUAAUUGAUCAAUUAGUUAAUGAAAAUCCAACAACUUAGAUCUAAUAAAUGGCAAUUUUUUCCA